AUGACGACGUACAGACGUAAAUACCGCGGCAAGCAGCGUAUCUUUCAUUCCCGGGGGCAAUUUACCGUCCGGGAGUGUCAGUCUGAUGGUGGUCGGUUCACGAACUAUACUUCACGGCAGCCCUCAUACUUUUUGGCACAUGGUGUCAAGUCGAGCACAUUGGAUGCGGUCCCCUCCCCACACCCUAUUCGUCUCAUAGGAACGGAUAGGCCAACGAUCGGUAUGACACGCCCAGACCAUGGAUACAGUCGUACGGUGCAAUACAAUAGCGCCAAUCACUGGGAAAUACUCUUUCAAAUUCAUGGAUCGAUUUGGAAACGAGUGCUACCACAUUGCAUCGUGAACGUCGGCCUAACAAUUCUAGUACGCUAUCUGCUCGAGUACCGUCACAUUGACCUUACUGUUUCGGAGUAUGGCCACGAAUUCAUGGGUUUGAUUGUGGGUUUUCUAGUCGUCUCGCGCUGUUCCAAGACCUUUGACGUUUACUUUGAGUUUCGUGAAUAUCUCGAUGCACUCUUCGCGAGUACUCGAGAAACAGUCCAGAUGGCCUGUAUAUUGACGGGAGAUGGCUAUGACAACAACAAGAACAAUAAUAACGACAGUGGUGACAACGCUUCCAGCGAAGCCGUGUGGCGGCACGAAGUAGCCUACUAUUCAAUUGUGUUGUUGCGAGUCACUUCUGCCAUGCUGACACGCGCCAAUUCAGACGGCAUGAAUGCUUGGGAGGUGCCCGAGCUCAACAGCGAAGAGCGUUCCUUUUUGCUUCAGAACUUAGAAAAUCCGCUAUUGUAUGGAUCAGCCACCUCAUCUGCUUCCAGUCAAUCAAUGUCGUCCACAAUACACGCAGAACGCCAGUGGACACACGGCUACCACACAGAUUCAGACCAAAACCUGCGGGUACCGAUUCGCAUGGCCUACAAACUUCGUAGUGUUAUCAUGUCCCACAAGAACUUGGUGUUCGAGAGCACGCUUGACUCCUACCGAGAAAAACAAAUCUUGGACUGUGUCACCAACUUUAUGACGGGUUACUAUGGCCUUCGAAAAUACCUGACUACACCCUUUCCAUUCCCUUUGAUUCAAAUGGAGCACACAUUCUUGUUCUUUUACGUAUACACCAUGUCGUUCGCAUUGGUGAAAGUUUUCGAUACAAUGCUCCAAAACGUUUUGAUCGUCUUCAUCGCCACGUACGGAUUCAUGGGGUUAGACUUGGUCAGCUGUGAGCUUGACGAUCCGUUUGGAGAGGAACCGAGUGAUUUGCCGGUAAUUGGGGAAAUGCGUUCCGUUAUAGAGGAUGUUUAUAUGACGGUACUGGACAGGGACGGCUUGAGUGCCGUACAGAAACUUCAGGCCAGAGUCGAUCGGCGUGAAGGCCAGGUACCACCCGAGUCGUUUCGUAAGCAGUAUCGGCACAAGCAAGAAUUUCUGGAAAGCACGCGUCUAUUGACUGUGAAUGCGAGAGCGUGA